CUUGUCCUAUAGAUAUCUGCCAAACCGUGAACUCCAAAAGUCUACUAUUCAAAAGGCUUCCACAUCUCCAAUCUUAGCUUACAAUGGAAAAUCAAAUAGUUGCAAAAAUUCCCACAAAUAUUUCCCUAGAAUUGCAACAAUUUUCAUGUCUUCCAGAUGAAAUCAUCAUUGAAAUACUCUUAAGGCUUCCAGUUAAAUCUCUCUUGAAACUAAGGUGUGUUUCAAAAUCUUUGUUUUUUUUACUAUCAAGUUCACAAUUUAUGAAAAGUCAAAUCAAUUUUUGUGUUAAAGAAUGCAAGGAUGUGAAUUUUAGACUUGUUGUUGCAGUGGGUAAAAUGUGUAAUAUUUACUCUCUAGGAUUAAAAUUUGGUGAAGUUGAUUUCCCUUUGAAACACCCUUUUGGAUCUUGUAAAUUCUUGGGAUCUUGUAAUGGAUUGAUAUGUUUAACACCAAUGUCAUUUAAGCUGAUGUUGUGGAAUCCAUGUACUGGAAAGUACAAAGAGUUUCAAGAUUCAUAUGUUCAGAGUGUUGGAAGUUGUUAUAUUAGGUAUGGUUUUGGUUAUGAUGUUGUUAAUGAUGAUUUUAAGGUUGUUAAGAUUUUUAGUUUUGCUAUAGAUGAGGUGAAGUAUGAGAAUGUUGUGAAGAUUUAUAGCUUGAGAGGUGAUUCUUGGAAGAUAGGUGAGGGGUUUGUGAGUGGUUAUAUGAAUGCACAAUCGGGGGUGUUUGUGAAUGGAUUUUUGCAUUGGGAGGUAAGCGAUUGUCGCGGUUCGGGUGAUUGUUCUGAGAUUAUGACGUUGGAUUUGGCUACGGAGACGUAUGGGGUAAUGGGGUUUCCUAAUUGUGAAAAGGGGAAUGUUAGUUGGGGGUUGAGUGUUGUAGGUGGGAAUUUAGUUGCUUGUUGUAACUAUUAUCCGAAUAGAACGGAUAUGUGGGUGAUGAAAGAGUAUGGUGUGGAGAAGUCGUGGACUAAGUUGGUCUCGUUGUUGUCUCCUUUUGGUCGUAUGGGUUAUAUCUCGCCUUUGUUUGUGUCGGAGAAUGGUGAUGAAAUUUUAGUGAAGCUUGGUACGGAUAUAAGUUUGUAUGAAACGAGGAACGCUUCAUACAAAUCCUUGGAGAUUCAUUCAGCAGGUUAUCGUCUUCAAGUACAAGCGAUUACUUACAUUGAGAGUCUAGCUUCACCUCAUGUUGGUGAUGACUGGUGAGUAAGUAAGUAGCUUGGGAGAUUAUGACUUUGAAUUUGGUUGAUAAGACGCAUGGGAUAAUGGUGUUGCUUAGUUGUGGAAAUGGAAACUUUCGUUGGAUGUUAAGUGUUUUAGGUAGACGUUACCUAGUUGCCUGCUGUAGCAAUUAUCCCGAUAGGAUAGAUCUGUGGGUGAUGAAGGAGUACGCGGUGAAGAAUAUCCUCUCUUCUCCGGUCUCUCUUUGGUCGUAGGGGAUAUAUCUCGCCUUUGUUUGUAUCAGA